GUGAAUAACUUGUGUACACAAAUUAACAAAAAUAAUGAAUUUGAAAAAGUUAUUGAUUAGUACGCUAAUUGUCGUAAUCGCAUAUACAAGAUGUACCGAUGCACGCAGGCGUAUUAAAUCACAGCGUACUGCUCCUUUAAAGAAUAAUAAAAUUAUUGCCCAUCAUAAUGAAAGCGGUCAACAUAAAAGUGGAAGUUCAGUAAACAGUUAUCCUAAACAACAAGCCAGUAAUCCAAAUCCGGGAAAAGUAGCAAAUUCUCCUGCAGCUAUUUCGCGUCAACCUAAUCAACCUAUAGCAAAACCGCGCAUAUCUAAUCAACCUGUCUAUAUCGUUAAUUCGCAACAGCAAAACACACAUUCGUCAGGAAAUGAUAACUUCAUUGCGGGUUAUGUAGCUGGAUCGGCUGCAGCUCAUCGAAAACGUAGACGCAAAACAACAACAAUUGCUCCUAGUACAACGAAAACUCCUUGCUUAAAUGACGCUCCAAUGCCAAACAAUAAUCUACCGCAACAACAAAAUAAUUCAGAAGCUUUAAGUCUUCCUUGUGAUGCUAUUAGUCUUUCUGCUGAAUCACCAACAAUAUUAAAUAUUAAUGCAGAUAACACUCAAGCUCCAGGAAAUGCAGUUACGCCCGCAAUUCGCCGAAAACGAAGACGCAAAACAACAACAGUUGUUCCUAUUACUGAAGAGCCAAUGCCAGACAUUAAUCAACCGCAACAACAGAAUCCAGGAGAUAACGUUGAAACUUUCAGUAUUUCUACUGCCUCACCAGGCAAUACUAAUGUUAAUGCAAAUAAUAUAUUAUUUAAGUGAAUGGAAAAUAAAUACGUUUAGUAAUGGAAAUACUGCGUUGGCCCAAACAAUUUAAUUAAAAUAUACCCAAAAUUCCGCCAUAUUAUAACGUUUUGAAAAAUUACUU